AUGUCUGUUGACCAGCCAGGUAGAAUCAAGGCGCUAGAUACAAAUGUGGUAAACAAAAUCGCCGCAGGCGAGAUAAUCAUCGCGCCCGCCAACGCGUUGAAGGAGAUCCUAGAAAACUCCAUUGACGCCCAAUCUACAACCAUCGAGGUUUCUGUCAAGGAAGGCGGGUUAAAGCAACUCCAGAUUACAGACAAUGGCCAUGGGAUCAACAAAGACGACUUGGCAAUUCUCUGCGAGCGUUUCACUACGUCCAAGCUCAGCACGUUCAAGGACCUUAGCACCAUCCAGACGUACGGUUUCCGCGGCGAGGCCUUGGCUUCGAUUUCGCACAUCUCACACCUCUCAGUGGUUACCAAGACGAAAGAUUCACCGGUCGCAUACAAGUGUGUAUACGCCAGUGGGAAGCUCGCGCCCACCAAAAAAGGAGCUAACCCGCAGGCUGUUGCAGGGAAGGAUGGUACACAAAUCGUGGUAGAAGACCUUUUCUACAACGUUCCGUCCCGUUUGCGGUCCAUUCGCUCGCCUUCCGAUGAAUACUACAAGAUCUUGGACGUGGUUCAGAAGUACUCCAUCCACUGUCUCCAAGCGGGGUUCAUGGUAAAGAAGACGGGCGAAUCUAACUACGCGUUGAUGAUUAGACAGAACUUGUCUUUGAAAGAGCGAAUCCGCACGAUCUACGGUUCCGGCAUUGCCAACGAGCUCCUUGAGUUCAACGAGACGGAGGCGGGUGAACGGUACGGUCUUGUGGCCUUCAGUGUGUGUGCCACGUCGCCAAACUUCUCUAGCAGCAAGAAGACGCCGCCGAUCUUCUUUAUCAACAACCGCUUGGUGAGCUGCGACCCGCUACGGAAAUCCUUGCAGCAGGUAUACGCCGCAUUUUUGCCUAAAGGGGCCAAUCACCCGUUCAUCUAUCUCAGUUUGUCCAUUUCCCCGGAAAACGUGGACGUCAAUGUCCAUCCGACAAAAAGGGAAGUCCGUUUUUUGCACGAGGACGAAAUCAUAGAACUCGUGACGGAGCGCGUGCAGGAGGAGUUGAUGAAGACGGACAAUUCACGUGUUUUCCACACCCAGAGCGUCUUGCCCAUGAAGCGAACAGAGCCCGAGAUAAGCACACCGGUGAAGAGACUCAGACAAGAGAGCAAACUUGUGCGGAUUGAUUCCAGCCAGGUCAAGAUCAGCACGUUUCUCGCCUCGGGAGUCCACUCAACAUCCCUGGAGGGCUCUCAGUUAUCACACAACGUUACAGGUGAGACCCAGGACGACUCCCGGUCGUCUAACAGUGUUGAAGGUGAGACCCAGGAUGGUUCCCGGCCAUCUAACACCAUUGCAGAUGAAACCCAGGACACUGAAAUAUUGAACUCCACCGUGAUGGAUACCACACUUCCGGUGUUGAUACGCAUUCCGUACACUACCGAUUUCAAGCGUCAUCGUACCAACAUCCGCCUUGCUUCCCUUGCGGUACUCAAAUCCGCUGCGGAGGUCACUGCCCAUGAACCGUUGACAAAGAUGUUGCAGAACUGCCAGUUUAUCGGGGUAGUAGACGCCACAAAGCGGCUCUGUGUGUUCCAAGAGGACGUUCGGCUCUUCAUGUGUGACUACGGUUCACUCUGCUACCACUUGUUCUAUCAAAUUGGACUCGCUGAGUUUGGUAACUUUGGGUCUCUCACACUCACGGAGCAGGGAGGUGAUAUUUUGCCCGAAUUAGAACCCUCAGGGGGGGAGACUACUGGUUUGUCUGUACGCCAGUUGCUUGCCCCCGUGACAGAGGGAGACCUAGACAGCCUUAUCUCUCAGUUGGUGAACAUGAGGGAAAUGUUUGAGGAGUACUUCUCUAUCAAGAUCGAAGAAUUCCAAGGAGAUGUCCGGUUGGUAUCGGUGCCGCUCAUGAUGCGCCAUUACAACCCGUCCGUGUCCAAAUUAGGUUUGUUUUUGUUGCGUUUGUGCACCAAAGUCGACUACACCGACGAACAGACAUGCUUUGAAGAUAUCUUGAAGCAGGUUGCAUUGUUCUAUAUUCCACCUGUAGCCCAUGCCGGGCUAGAUGACGAAGAGCAGGAGGCGUACCAGUUGCAAAUGCAUUCAAUAUUGGAAGGUGUGGUGUUUCCAGCGAUUAAAAAGGGCUUUCUAGCCCCCGAGUCGAUGCUACGCGACGUGGUGGAGAUUGCCAAUCUACCGGGCUUGUACAAGGUUUUUGAGAGAUGCUAA